AUGAUGGUGGAGAAGUCCAGCGGCGGCACGCCAACUUCCUCCACCAUGGACCGUUUCCAAAAGAUUGUCCUAAGCUGGGAUUACCUCCGCCUCAUCACUGAAUCCAAGGGCGGCAAGCAGGCCAAGGUGCUGCAGCGUGUGAAGAACACGUACGACUCGGUGGCCGAGUACCUCGGUGUCUUUGAGCCACUGCUCUUCGAGGAGGUCAAGGCGCAGAUCAUCCAGGGACGCAGUGACGAGGAGGAAGAAUCUGGGAUGGACUGGUGGAGGGGGGCAGUGGGAUCUUGCACAGAGUCCGAGGGGUUCCACAAGCUCUCUGUGGCGGUGGAAGACAAUUUUCAGGAUAAUGUGUCAGAGAAUGACCUACUGCUUCUCUCCAAGGAGAAAUUUGAGGAGGGAUCAACCCCUAAUGCAUACGCCUUUGCAUUGGUGGAACAGCGUGGUGGUGGCUUACAUAUUUCGCUUAGAACCUUUGUGGCAGGUGAAAUUGUAAAUCUGAAUGUUGCAAAGCCUGUGAACUCUACAAGGCUGCAACAUUUUGCUUCCACCAUUGCAAGUCAAAACAGCUUGCUGUGGAUACUGAAGGUCUGCAGCUUGUCUACAAUAAUGCGGGAGUUCACAGCUAUGCAUUCUGUAGCUUCUCUACCUUUUAAGGAUUUGAUUCUUUCAGCUACUGAGAAGCACAAGGAUGGUGAUGAUCAAAGUCGUGCGUGGAAUGUUCCUGAGCCACUUAUGGAUUACCUCAAAACAAAUCUUAACGAUUCCCAGCUAGAAGCAGUCAAUGCAGGUCUUUCACGCAGAUCCUUUGUCCUUAUUCAGGGCCCUCCAGGAACAGGAAAGACACAAACUAUUCUUGGACUCCUUAGUGCUGUUCUCCAUUCUGCUCCUGCAAGAAUGCAGAUCAAAGGAGGACUUGAUGUUCUAAAGCAUGGGCCAGAACUGGACAUUGAUGGCAAGCGUGCACACUGGAUGAAGGCAUCUCCUUGGUUACUUGGUGCAAAUCCUCGAGAUUUGAUUAUGCCUGUUGAUGGUGAUGAUGGAUUUUACCCAACAGGAAAUGAACUGAAACCUGAAGUCGUAAGUUCCAAUCGCAAGUAUCGGGCCCAUGUGUUGGUCUGUGCUCCAUCCAACUCAGCACUUGAUGAGAUCGUGUUGCGUGUUCUUAAGACAGGAAUCCGAGAUGAAAAUAACAACACUUACAACCCUAAAAUUGUGCGCAUUGGAGUGAAGGCCCUUCAUUCUGUUAAAGCAGUUUCCAUGGAUUACCUUAUUCAACAAAAACUUUCUGGUGUAGAUCGCACAUUAGAUGGUGGGAGAAGAGGUGCUGGUGAAUAUGAUCGGAUUAGAGCUUCAAUACUGGACGAAGCAGCCAUUGUAUUUUCUACUCUGAGUUUCAGUGGAUCCUCAAUUUUUAGCAGGAUGACCCGUGCUUUUGAUGUUGUUAUAAUUGAUGAAGCUGCACAAGCGGUGGAACCUGCAACUCUUAUUCCAUUGAUCCAUGGCUGCAGACAAAUUUUUCUUGUUGGUGACCCAGUUCAGUUGCCUGCAACUGUCAUUUCACAGACUGCUCAGAAGUUGGGAUAUGGAACAAGCUUGUUCAAAAGAUUUCAAGCUGCUGGUUUUCCGGUGCAAAUGCUUAAAAUCCAAUAUCGCAUGCACCCAGAGAUUAGUAUGUUCCCUUCAAAAGAAUUUUAUGAAGGUGUACUUCAAGAUGGGGAGGGCCUCAGCAGGAAACGUCCAUGGCAUUCCUACAGCUGCUUUGGACCAUUUUGUUUCUUUGAUGUUGAUGGUAUUGAAUCCCAGCCAUCUGGAAGUGGUUCUUGGGUAAACCAGGAUGAAGUGGAAUUCAUAACUCUCCUGUAUCACCAAUUGGCAAUGCGCUAUCCAGAACUCAAAUCUAGUCCUGAAGUGGGUGUUAUAUCACCAUACAGGCAUCAAGUAAAACUAUUGAAGGACAGUUUUCGAUCAACCUUUGGGGAUCAAUCAAAGGAAUUGAUAGAUGUAAGCACCGUUGAUGGAUUUCAGGGACGUGAAAAAGAAAUAGUAAUUUUUUCAUGUGUAAGAUGCAAUGAGGAGCAAAAGAUUGGCUUUGUUUCUGAUUUUCGACGAAUGAAUGUUGCCAUCACGAGAGCAAAAUCUGCUGUACUGGUUGUAGGUUCUGCUUCAACAUUGAAGCAAGAUAAACACUGGAACAACCUUGUCGAGAGUGCCAAGGAGCGAAACCGCUUCUUCAAGGUCCCGAAGCCAUUCACCACAUUCUUUGGAGAGGAUAACCUGAAGGCUAUGAAGGUGGAAAAGUAUCCUCUGCCAGUGCCGAAUGCUCAAGUACUGGAAGAAAUCAAUCAAGAAGUUGUAAGGCAGGAGCUCAUGAAUGUCGAUGAUGCUGCCGACCAUGCAGAUGCAGGGGAUGACGAUGAUGCUGCUAUGGAUGCUGACGAUGGAGGUGGCGAUGAUUGA